AUGGCAGAAAAUGCGGCAAAAAGCAACGGUGACGGUGCUCCCGUCAAGAAGCAAAUGAUUCUGAAUGCCUUUGUCAUGAAUGCACCUGGUCACUUGGCACCAGGGCAAUGGCGACACCCACAGAACAAGACCAGUCAAUACAAAAAGCUCUCCUUCUGGGUAGAGCUUGCGCAGCUUCUCGACAAGGCCAACUUUCACGCCAUGUUUAUCGCCGACACGCUGGGCCCGUACGAUGUGUACAAGGGCCCUGCCAAUGUCGUCCCGUCGCUGGCGUCGGGGGCGCAGUUUCCGGUCAAUGACCCUCUGUACCUUGUGCCGGCCAUGGCCGCAGCCACCAAGAACCUCGUGUUUGGCGUCACGGCGAGUCUUACGUAUGAGAAGCCGUACGCGUUGGCGCGAAGGCUAUCUACCGUGGAUCAUCUCAGCGACGGGCGCCUGGCAUGGAACAUUGUCACGUCGUACCUGGACAGCGCGGCGCGCAAUCAUGGGCUAAAGGAGCAGAUUCCCCACGAUGAGCGAUAUGCCAUUGCCCACGAGUACAUGGAAGUCUUGUACAAGCUGUGGGAAGGUAGUUUUAGAGAUGACGCCGUCAUUGAGGACAGAGAGCGGGGUGUCUACAUUGCCGAAUACGCCGUACGGCAGAUACACCACAAGGGAAAAUACUUUGAUGUUCCAGGUCCGCACUUUUGUGAGCCUUCGCCACAGCGGACUCCAUUCCUCUUCCAGGCAGGCGUGUCGGAAGCAGGCAACAACUUUGGCGGCAAGCAUGGCGAAGCUAUCUUUAUCGGCGGCCAGACAUACGAGACCGUACAAAAGACGGUCGCGAGCAUCCGGGACGUGGCCAAGCGAGAAGACCGCGAUCCCAACCACAUCAAGGUGGUCCUGGGGAUCCAGGUCAUUGUGGCCGCGACAGACGAGGAGGCCUAUGCAAAGCGCGAUGAGCACCUCCAGUACGCCGACCGCGAGGGCGCCCUGGCGCUGUUUGGCGGGUGGACCGGCGUCGACCUAUCGGGCUACUCGGACGACGAGGACUUUCGCGUAAUCGACUCGCCGCGGAUCCAGUCCAUUGUGCGUCGCUGGGCCGCGACGGUCCCGGGUACGGACAAUCUGCCUUGGACCAAGCAGCGCAUUGUCGAGUACCUCAGCGUCGGCGGCUUGCAGGCCAAGGUCAUUGGUAGUCCCCAGACGGUAGCGGAUGAGCUCGAGAAGUGGAUCGAGUUCUCCGAUGUGGACGGCUUCAACCUCGCACAUAUUACCAAUCCUGGAACCUUUGAAGACAUUAUUGAGUUUCUGAUUCCCGAGCUACAGCGCCGCGGUGUCUUUAGGACAAGUGUGGAAAAGGAGGGCGCGACUGCGAGAGAGGCCUACAUUGGAACAAAGAGGUUGCCGGAAGAUCAUCCGGGGAGUCAGUUCAAGUGGCGAGCUGGUGAAAAAAUUCCCAAGUAUCAAGAGCAAGGACAGGCGGAAACGGAGGUUGAUGCCUCGCAUUAG